AGUCCUGCAAGGGGACAAUUGAAGUCUGGUGUACAACCAAACUUAUACUGUAGAUCUACAGAGACAUCAUGAGAGCCACUGCAGCCGUCCUACUGGUCCACUGUCUCCUGGCCAUCAGUCAUGCAUGGGACUGUCAGGAGGUAGUAAACAUCAAGAAUCUGAUGCAGAUCGACGCAGGACUGGGACAAGUGGUUGCAACGGACACAAGUCAAAUCCCCUACUACCUGGUAGCUGAUAAAUGGAUCCGCCUGCCUGGUUCCCUGAAGCAUAUCACUGUGGGACCAGCAGGGAUCUGGGGUGUCAACAAGGGAGACUCAAUCUACAAGUAUGUGGCCGGUAACUGGGUGCAAGCUGCAGGCCUUCUGAAGCAGGUGGAUGCUGGGGGUGACCAGUUUAUUGUGGGGGCCAACAUGAACGAUACUCCAUUCUGUCUGACAAGUAGUGCCACAGUUGGCUACAAGGGUCCAGGCUCACCCCUUCCAUGGACAGGAUUGCCAGGAGCUGUGAAGUACUACAGUUGUGGACCCUUUGGGUGCUGGGCAGUCAACAACAAUGAUGAUAUCUUCUUAAUGAGUCUGAAUCAAGACUGCCAAAACAAGGGGUGGAGUCACAUUGACGGCAAGCUUUCCAUGAUUGAGGUGGCAACUGAUGGUAGUGUCUUUGGGGUCAACUCUUUGGGUGAUGUUUAUACCAGAGACGGCAUCACAGCCAGUAAACCAGAGGGCACUGGAUGGAGCAAUGUCCCAAUGUCCUUGCAAAUGAAGCACGUGACCUACGACCUGGGACAUCUUUGGGUCAUCUCCAAGUCUGGCGUCACCAUGGUGUGCACACGUUAGCCUCUCCUCCUGCUUGACAAUUGUGGACAGCAGUUCAUAACAAUCCUUCAUUCUAAAACGUAUUGCUUUAAACUAUACUUUAUCGAAUAGUUCACUGACUGUGUCGACAUGUUUUCAAACACAAUUGACAAGCAACAGCAUUUUAAAAAUGUCUUAAUCACUCCUUGAUCAACACUUCAAUAGAGCUUUGCCAUGGAUGUUAUUUGAUCGUAGUGUAAACUUGGGCAUGGGUUUUGCUGUGGUUCAGAGGUCAUCAAUAAGGGUGGAUGGAAUCCUUGUCAUUGCUUAUUAUCUCAUUAUAUAAUCAUUUAUAUCUUAUAUAAUUAUUUAAUCAUUUCCCGCUAAAAUAAAGCGUUCAGUUUGAAACCCA